AUAUAUUAUCCGAAAAAGUCCAAAUAAGGAAUCAGUUAAUUCCAAUUUAAAAACUGUUGAAGCUCAAAAUACCACAGCAAUUGCAUUGCCCUCUGAAAAUUUACAAUCAGAAAAUUUGAAAUUGCAAACAUUUUUCAUCGAACAUAAUGACCCAGCUUUACCAUUACCAUCUGAUCGUUUAGAAAGACACUCAAAAUUACUUAAAGGGCCCUGCCAAGUCCAUUUAUCUCUUUAUCCAAGAGUAAAAUUCGGGGAUCGAUUUCGUUCUUUUCAAAAAUCAUGGUACGACAUUUUUAAAUGGUUAGAAUACAGUGAAAGUAUAAACGCAGCAUUUUGUUUUUGUUGUCGAGYAUUCUCUUCGAAUAAUAUAAUUAAAAAAGGUCAUAUCGAUCAAUCGUUUAUAAAGAAAGGUUUUACUAAUUGGAAAGGUGCCACUGAAGCUUUUAGACUACACGAAAAGUCACAAUGUCAUAUUGAUAGUGUAAUUUCGUGGGAACAUUUGAAAAAAGGAAUUCCCAUUGAUGUUCAGUUGGAUAAACAAAAAGUAAUCACAUUAGCAACUCGUGAAAAAAUACGUUUAGAAAACCGAGAAAUCAUCAAACGUUUGAUUGAUGUUAUAAUUGUAUUAACCAAAAGCGGAAGUUCAUUCAGAGGACAUCUUGAGCAUGAAGAUAGUGUGAAUAAAGGACUAUUUUUAGAAAUCGUAGAUCUACUUAAACGAUACGAUCCUAUUAUAAAAAAUCAUUUAGAACAUGGGCCUAAAAACGCACAAUAUUUGAGCGGUAAGAUUCAAAAUGAAUUAAUAGCCUCAGUUCAUAAUGUGAUGUUUCAAGAAAUAUGCAAGAGGUUAAACGGUCAACAGAUUGCAGUUAUGGCUGAUGAGACCAGUGACUGUGGUCACAUUGAGCAAAUGGCAAUCGUAAUAAGAUAUUUUGAUGAUGUAGAAAAUAAACCUAUCGAAUUAUUUAUCUCUUUGGAACGUCUUGAAACUACUGAUGCACAAUCCAUUUUUAAUGUUUUAAAUACAAUAGUCCAUAAGUUAAAACUCGAUUGGCUAUCUGUUUCUUCCGUUUGUUUCGACGGCGCAGCCGCAAUGGCAGGCAGUCCAUCUAGACACGCGGUUUUUGAAAAAAUUCAAAAAAGUGUUGGUGUARAAUUAAAGACCUUAAAAUCCCUUUCAACAACUAGGUGGGCGUGUAGGGCAGAAGCUGUAACAGCAAUUYGAGACAACUUUUCGGUUAUAAUUCAAACAGUUAAUGAAAUAAAUUAUUCAACAAAGCAACCAGAAAUAAAAGCUAAAGGAAAGGGUAUUAUUUCCCAAUGCUUAAAUUUUAAUUUUAUUAUCUGUCUCGAACUGAUGCAUCCUAUUCUACAGUUGAUUGUAAAAGUUAGUAGAGUACUUCAAGAUCCCGGAUUAAGUAUUUUGACAGCUUUGGAGGAGAUUAAGUGUCUUCGUUUGGCAAUAGAAAAUAUGCGUUCCGAUAGUUUGUUUUAUGAUGAUAUUUAUGAUCAAAGUCAGCACAUUUGUGAAGAACAUGGCGUAAACAUACCAUCAAUCAGACCUAGAAAACUGCCUGCACGUAGAGAUGAAAAUUGGCAAAAUCAGUUUGUAUUUGAGACCAAAAAAGAGGAAAYCCGAGUUACUACAAUGUAUCCAUUGAUUGAUUCGUUAGUACAAGGAAUUGACGAACGUUUCAGUCAAGAAAGCACUUCAAUCAUUACUGGAACUCUACAAACUUAA